GCGAGGCGGCGAGGGCGCGCAGACCGCCCGGCCCGGCCCGCGCCUCCCGCCGCUCACCCAUGCGCCUCGGGCCGCGGGGCUCGGCGGGGCUCGGCGGGGGCGCGGCCGCACGCCGGUGGGGCGCCCGGGCCCGCAGCGGGGCGGCGGCCGAGCGCAGCGCGGGCCCGCGGGCCUCCAUGUGCGUGCUGGCGGCGGCGGCGGGCGCGCUGACCGCUCGCGCCCCGCACCCUCGAGGGCCGGCCGGGGCGCGCGGGCAGGGGCUGCCGGGCGGCGGCGGCGGCGGCGGCCCGAGGGGGCCCGGGCGGGCGUGAGCGCGGGGGAGCGCGCUGCCUGCAUGCGCGCAGCUCCAGCCCCGGGCGGCCGCGGCGGCAGCGCCGGAGCCGGAGGCAGCCGGACGCGGAGCGGAGCGCGGAGCCCUGGAGGAACCCCGGGUCCCCGCCGGACCUUUGUGACUGUGUAGCGCCCGGGGAGGGCGCGCGGCGAAGACGAGGACCCGACUCUUUUGAACCUCCCGGCGUCUGGGCGCGGGGAGACUCUUGGUAUUUUCUAACUCAACUCGUGGAUCGGAACGUGGCUCCCCUCCAAACGCGGCCGGUGACUUGUAGGACCCCAGCCCUGGCCUCGGCCGCCGCGCACGCCCUCGGAAGCCUCGGCUGGGUAGGAGCGCGAGCCGGCCGCGAGUGUCUCCGUGCGCGCCACGGGCGGGCCGAGGGCUGAUUGGCGGGGGGAGGGUCCCCGGAGAACCAGUUUGGGAUUUGUCGUGAACAGCAUGGAGGAGAAUGACCCGAAGCCCAGCGAAGCGGCGGCGGCGGAGGGGCAGCGGCAGCCGGAAUCCAGCCCCAGCGGCGUCUCGGGCGGCGGCGGCAGCCCGGGCGACGCGGACACUGGCCGCCGGCGGGCUCUGAUGCUGCCCGCGGUCCUGCAGGCGCCGGGCAACCACCAGCACCCGCACCGCAUCACCAACUUCUUCAUCGACAACAUCCUGCGGCCCGAGUUCGGCCGGAGGAAGGACACGGGGACGUGCUGUGCCGGCGCGGGAGGAGGACGAGGCAGUGGAGCCGGCGGGGAAGGUGGCGCGGGCGGCGCGGAAGGAGGCGGCGGCGCGGGCGGCGCCGAGCCCCUCCUGGGGUCUGGCCGAGAGGCCCGGCAGAACGCGCCCAGUGCGCCCGCACCGCUGCCGGGCGGUGGCGGCGGCGGCGGCGGCGGCGACUCUCCGGGCGACGGGGAAGGCGGCUCCAAGGCGCUCUCCCUCCACGGCGGCGCCAAGAAAGGCGGCGACGCCGGAGCCUCCCUGGACGGGACGCUCAAGGCCCGCGCCUUGGGCAGCGGCGACCUGUCGGUGAGCUCGGACUCGGACAGCUCGCAGGCCAGCGCCAACCUGGGCGCGCAGCCCAUGCUUUGGCCGGCCUGGGUCUACUGCACGCGCUACUCGGACCGGCCUUCUUCAGGUCCCAGGUCCCGCAAACCAAAGAAGAAGAACCCCAACAAAGAGGACAAGCGGCCCCGCACAGCCUUCACGGCGGAGCAGCUGCAGCGGCUCAAGGCCGAGUUCCAGACCAACAGGUACCUGACCGAGCAGCGGCGCCAGAGCUUGGCGCAGGAGCUCAGCCUCAACGAGUCGCAGAUCAAGAUCUGGUUCCAGAACAAGCGGGCCAAGAUCAAGAAGGCCACGGGCAGCAAGAACACGCUGGCUGUGCACCUCAUGGCCCAGGGCCUGUACAACCACUCGACGACCGCCAAGGAGGGCAAGUCGGACAGCGAGUAGGGUGGGCGGGCGCUGGGGCCAGCCUCCGUCGGCGCUAAGCAAUGCAAUAAUGUAAAAUCAUAAAGGGCCAGUGUAUAAAGAUUAUACCAGCAUUAAUAGUGAAGAUAUCGUGUAUUAGCUCUGGUUCUGCAAUACUGUAUGUAUAUAUAAUUUGCAGGUGGCGUAAAAAUCCAAAAUAUCUGACUAUAAAAUAUUUUUGAGUUUUCCGGUGUUUAUGAGAUUAUGCUAAUUUUAUGAUUUUUUUUUUUUUUUGCGGAGGGGGCUGCUUAGGGUUUCAUCUUUUCUAAUCCCCUAGGCUCCGUUGUGGGACUUGGGACACUUUUAUUUUUUAAUUUCAAAAGAAGAAAAAAAUUAAAACAACUUGCUGAAGUCCAAAGAUUUUUAUUGCUGCAUUUCACGGGACUGUGAACUGAAUAAAUAGCUCCUACUUGGUCUCUGAGUUCUGCCCCUUUGUCUGUGUGGGCCUGGUGAGGAAGGCAGGAGGGUCUGCACCCCCGCCUGGCGGCCGGAGGGACACUGGGGUCCUGGGAGGAGUGCCGCUGCUUCUUGGCAGUGGGCAGGAGUGCUCUGGGCUCCGCGGCUGCCGGGCCUUCCAGGCCCCCAGGCUCACCGGGCUCCUCUCCUCCUUCCUUCUCUCCUCUUCCUCCUCCUCUUCCCCCUCUUGCUCCUCCUCCCCCCUCCUCCCCCCUCCUCCUCACCAAGGCCUGGCCAGCACCUCCCUGUGCUUCAGUCUGCGUCUGUCUUGCUGUCCCCUAUCCAGCCGCCCCACUGCCACAGCCGGCUCUCUCGCCUCUGGGCACCACUUCAGGGAUCCCAGGCCCAUAGGCCCAGCAUGUGGCCGGUGUGGCGGAGCUGCCCCUCGUCCUGUCCCUCCAGGCCCCAGGACUCUCCUGCCUCCCAUCAGCUCCCCCAGGCGCUCCGUGGGCCCCAGAAAUGGUGGAGGUCUGCUGCCUCCGGGCAGGCAAAAGGCUUUCCAGACGGAGCUGGUGUUUUCUUCCUUUCUUGUUUUUCUUCCUUUUUUUCUUUUCCUUUUUUUUUCUUUUUUUAAGUGGCUGCUUCUGCUUUGGAGAGCAUUCUUUCAAGGUACAUAUGUGUGUGUGUGUACGUAUCUGUGUACCGGGUGCACACAGGCACAGAAGUGUACGAGUCCACAGUUCCCCAGCAUGUGGCUCCCUUGACUUUUAGAGGAACUCAGAAUCCUCCAGGAUCGAGAGGAAGGAGGAAAAUGUGUAAAUAAUCAUUUCUUAUCACUUUUUGUCUUUUCUUGUUUUUUUUUAAUAUACAUUUUAUUUUUUGAAGGUGUGGUACAGUGUAAAUUAAAUAUAUUCAAUAUAUCCCCGCCAAGUACAUAUAUAUAAACAAACACAUUAUCUAUAUAUAUAACUCUGCACUGUCUUCUGUUUAGUGUAUGGGAAAAGAAUUGUGUCCAAAUGUCCAUCUGCAGCCGGGACAGCCCGGGAGUGGGGGCGGCGUGUGUCGGUGGCUGAACCAGACCCACAGCCGAACGCCCCCCUCCCAGGACUGAGGGUGAACGUCUCUCUUUGCCUUAAACCUCUUUAUUUCACUGCGAUAAUAGUUUCACUUUGUACAUACUAGUGCAAACCUUUUUAAAAAGGAAACUAUAAAAAAAAAGUUGUAAUUUAAAAUUCUGUGAAUAACCAUCUGCUGCUUAGGAAACUCAAUGAAAUGAUAUGCCUUUUUAGCAGGAAGCAAAGUUUUUUGGUUUUUAUUUUUUUUAUUUUAGUUUAUAAAACAUGUGCAUUUUACAGUUCCAGCAUCAAAUAUUUAUAAUCCUAUGAGAAAUGAAUGUUUCUAUUUACAACUGUGGUUAUCAGCAUUGUGAACAUUCCCCUUGCAUUUUUUGUGUGUUUAAAUUCUUGAAAGUUACAUUAAAUAAAAAAAAAUGCUUUAUUGUAAAA